GAUAACCGACAGAUAUUAAUAAAGACCGUUCGUUUUACAAGAUUUAGUGGGGAACAUCCCAAUUUGAUAUAGUACGAUUGGACACAGCUGAUCAAAUUGUUGAUUAAAUUAGAGUUAGGUUAAAUUUAAAUAAUAUUAUUGAUUAUGUCCAUAGACGAUAAGUACAUAAGUACACAUACAGCUACACCUUUGAUUUUAUAUAAUCAAAGGUCAAAGGUUGUAUUGGAUUAGUACUCUCCCAAAAAUGUAUCCAUGGUUGACAGUCUUUAGUAUCAUCUUGUCGGUGCUUUUAGUUGGCGAUGCGAAAGAUCAAAGUGCAGGGUGCAUGUUAUACAUCUACAAUUUUGUAAAUCUAAGGGGAACAAAACGGGAGUAGAUAACGUUCAUCUCAUGAGUAUAUAAAGUUCGUGGAAACCGGGUGCAUUCCAGUGCAUUCGAUGGAUUCACGAGGGAAUGCUACAGUUGUUAAUCUUCUAUUAAGCGCUAUAAGAUCUAAUAACCCUAAACGGAGUCAAAUUGUGUCGAAAAAAGUAUUCAAAAGAGAUCAAAAAGAACACUUGUUUAUAAUAAAAGAUAUAUUAUCCAAUAUAUUUCGAAAAGUGAUACCCUCCAGUGGAUCAACAAUUAUAUCCAGUGAUAGUCCAGUUGAUAAUAUUUAUAAUGGAAAACAAUUAUCUAUAAAAAGAGGGAAACAGUUACCUGUAACAGAAGGAAACAAAAUACAUAGCACCAAAUCCCAAGAAAAUACUGCAAUCAUUUCAUCGUAUAUUAUUAAAUUGAGUAGUUCUAAUAUUACGUUUUUAGAACAAUUGCCUAUAAAAAAAGGAAAGUUAAGAGACAGCAAUGUUAAUCUAGUCCAAGAAGAAAUUAAUAAUAGUUCAACCAAACAAAUCAGUCAGAUUAACAUACCUCAAAUAAACGAACCACCUAUAAAAGGUACAAGUGAUAAUUUACACUACAAGAACAUUAUAUACAUCUGUUGUUUUUCUUUCAAAGAGCCAAAUAACCAGAUUGACAUUUCACUUAAAAAUAUAUUGUUUGUGCCUGAACUAUAUAUUGACAAGUCAAAUUACAACUCACAACUCAAAAACAAGUUUAGUAAAACUAAUAACCAAUUGUACAAUCAGCUUGAUAAACAACCUAAUAAUCAGUGCAAUAAACAGUUGGAUAAAAAAUCCGAUAAACAGUCCAAUGAGCAGCCCAGUGAUUGGUCAAAUAAUGAAUUUAGUAACCAAACAGAUAAUCUGAAUAUUGGUACUACAUGCCAGCAAGUAUUCUUAGAGGUAUCACUAUCAAAUGAAGACACAACACAUGUGUCGCCAACAGUACAGAUAUCUGUAGAUAUAGUGGGAAAAAAAGGAAAAAAGUCAAAUCAACAAAGUUCAAUAAAAUUAUCAAUAGACAAUUUUACAUAUAUAUUCAACAAGAUGCUGAAGAAAGUAAAAAUUGUGAUUGUUGGAGCAGGAGCAUCUGGUAUUGCAGCUGCUUCGAAAUUAUUACAAGGGGGAAUAGAUGAUUUUGUAAUAUUAGAAGCAAACAAUAGGAUCGGUGGCAGAAUAAACACUGUUGCCUUUGGUGAUAAUGUGGUGGAUCUUGGGGCUCAAUGGGUACAUGGUGAAAUUGGAAAUGUGGUUUAUGACCUUGCUUCUAAAUAUAAUCUUUUGGGCUCGUUCUGCACUUUAUUUGACACCAGUAAACACGAGUUUUUCACCAUUAAUGGUGAAAGGAUAUCUAAGGAAGAAAGCAUGAAAGCUCUUACGAUUUAUUUUGAUCUUAUGAAAAAAGCAUCAGAUGAUCUGGGCAAGGCAGAAGGAUCCUUCGGAAAUUACUUCAGAGAAAAGUUUUAUAAGACUUAUAUGGAAACUUUUGCAAGCUACUCUAGAAUUUCUGAAUUGUUUUCUUGGAUAGAAAAGAUGGAAUGUUCCAUAGAAUGCAGUGACUCAUUAUCUGAAGUUUCCGCGAAACGUUUGACGGAUUACUGGGAGUGUGAGGGCGAUAGUGUUCAGAAUUGGAAGGAACGCGGUUACAAAACGCUCUUUGAUCUUUUAAUGAAGAAGAUCCCAAAUGCAGAAAAUGGCUUACCAGUUACGGAGAGGAUAGAGUUGAAAAAAGUUGUGACAACUAUUGACUAUAAUUCAGGGAAAGACGUUACAGUGACAACUAGUGAUGGCUGCAAAUAUAUUGCAUCGCAUGUCAUUUUUACUGCAUCUUUAGGUGUCCUAAAAAAGAAACACUCCACGUUAUUCGUGCCAUCUUUGCCAUCGAAAAUAAGACGUGCGAUAAGGGGACUGUGUAUCGGAACAGUCAACAAGAUCUUCAUGGAAUUUCCGUGCAAGUGGUGGUCAGAAGAUACCGUCUCUAUCAAUCUGGUUAGCCUUGAGGAAAAUAAGAAGUUGUUUGUGCAAAAAUAUGGCGAAGAAUAUCAGUGGCUCUGUGACGUAUUCUCGUUUUUCGUUGUUGAUUAUCAGCCGCGUCUGUUGUGUGCUUGGAUCAUUGGGAAAUAUGCUAGACAGAUGGAAACCUUAUCAGACACCGAUAUAUCUGAUGGAUUGUAUCGAUUACUGCAGGAUUCGAUGGGAAAACAUUAUCACGUCGUACGACCAACAAGAAUAUUAAGAUCCAAAUGGUUCACAGAUGAACACUUCCAAGGCUCUUAUACCUUCCAAAGUAUGAACACCGAGAACCUGAAUGUAAAGCCGAGUGAUUUAGCCGAGCCAGUCGUAGUGAAUGGAAAACCCGUAAUUCUUUUCGCCGGAGAAGCCACACACGAUCAUUAUUAUUCCACUGUGCACGGUGCUGUGGAAACUGGUUUCCGCGAAGCAGAUCGUUUACUUGAUUUUUAUCAGAGAACGCGCGAUUGCUUAGAUCAAGUGGUUAACAACAUCAACAAGAUACGUAUAGACGAGAUAAGUAUGGAUCAGACGGAUGAAUACGAUGAGAGGACGAAAAUCGUGAUAGUAGGCGCAGGAAUCGCAGGGAUCGCGGCAGCUGCAACGCUACAAGAAGCAGGAUGUGACUACAUCAUUUGUGAGGCACAAGAUAGAAUUGGAGGCAGAAUUUUCUCUGUUCCGGUUGGAGAGACCUGUAUAGAACUUGGGGCACAAUAUCUGCACGGUGAUGAGGGUGAUCUAGCAGAAUAUUGUCGCGCAAAGAACUUAUUGUCGCGCAUUUUCGGUACAGACGGUGAAGGAUUACUUUUACGAGAUAAUGGUUGCGCAAUUUCGUCGGGUACAGUCCUGGCAUGCGAUGUCAACGAUGUCAUACAUGAUACUCUGCAUAAUUGCGAACAGUUUUACAGACACAAAGAAACUGAAUACGACAUAGCCAAUAACGAGAGUGUCGGUAACUACCUAAGAAAAAACUUCGAAAAAUAUUUAGCCGAAUGCAACGAUCCCGCACCAAUUAGAAAGAUGAAAGAGGAAGUUUUCGAUUUUAAGAUGCGGUAUCUCCAAGUGGACAACAGCUGCGAUUCGAUGUACGAAUUAUCCUUGAAGUUGUGGGGAAAAUAUGAGAUUGCCGGCAGAGACAAGUACCAAAUGUUCAAACAAGGCUACAUAUCGUUGUUGAACACUCUCGCCGAGGACAUAAGCUCGGAGAAAUUGCGACUGAACUCUCCCGUAAAAUCCAUUCGCUGGCUCGAUACUUUACCCACUCGAACCACUGCGACAGUACUCGUGGAAACCCGCCAAGGAAAACGAAUCUUAGCCGACGCUGUUAUCGUCACCUGUUCACUCGGUGUCUUAAAGCACGUCCACGAGAAGAUGUUUGAUCCACCGUUACCGCGUAUUAUGAAAUGCGCCAUCGAGAAUCUCGGUUUCGGAGUGGUUAACAAGAUCAUUCUGCGCUAUGACGCACCUUGGUGGUAUUCCAGCGUCACUGGUUUCCAAAUAUUACCGAGCCACUAUCGACCUGAGAUGCCACAAUUGCCAGAGUGGACCUCGUAUAUCACGGGUUUUGACGUCCUGGCGAAUCAUACAUCUAUAUUGGUAGGAUGGAUCUCGGGUGAGGGAGCACGUGCCGUUGAGCAUGUUCCCGAAGCAACGAUUGGAAUGUACGUCACGUCAUUGCUGUCGCGAUACAUGAAUCGUUCAAUUCCUCUUCCGGUAGAUUGCUACACAAGUACAUGGUUCUCUAAUGAAUACAUUAGGGGAGGUUAUUGUAAUAUCACGACAAACUGCGAAGCCGCAAAUGUCUCAACGUCUACGUUAUCUGAACCGAUUUGGGCGAAAGUAAAAGACGAUUCUUCAGUCCAGGUCCCAGUUAUACUGUUAGCCGGCGAGGCCACGCACAAUCGUUAUUUCUCGACUGUGCACGGAGCUUAUGAAACCGGAAUUAGCCAAGCCAAACUAUGUUUGCUACAUCACAGCGUUUCCAUGUAACCACGCUUCAUCAAAGAAAAAGAAGAACACUACCAGACUCAAUGCAGGCAUUGAAAACAAUCCCUUCCUUCAACAACCCGUGACGCUUCCUCCUGUAGAAGAUAAUCCUUUCUUGUUGCAACUUCAUAGCAACAAGAGCGAAAGUUUAUCAGGAAUAUUAUCUACUAUCUCUCUACCG